AUGGAGGAACUAAAGAAUAUCAUACAAGCAAACAAUUUUAUUAUGGCACUGGUCAAGCUGUUUCUAUUAACUUCAGUGCAGCAGCCUAUUCAAGCACUAUCACCACUUCAAGAUCAGUUCUCUUUUGUAUCCAUAUGGAAUGCUCCAACAGAACUCUGUGCAAAAAAAUUUAAUAUCAAUGUUGAUUUGAGUUUGUUUGAGAUUAUAGGAAGUACACUACGGUCUGCGAAAGAUCAGAACAUCACUAUAUUCUACAGUGACAGACUUGGUUAUUAUCCAUCAAUAAAUCCUGAAACAGGAAAUGUUUAUAAUGGAGGUAUACCACAAAUGACAAAUAUGCAUCAACAUUUAAAGAAGGCCCAGGAGGAUAUUAUAAGUUCUAUACCAUCCGUUACACAGUCUGGCUUGGCAGUGAUAGAUUGGGAGGAUUGGAGGCCCACAUGGAUCAGAAACUGGGCCUUCAAAGAUAUAUACAGGCGACAUUCCACAGAAUUUGCUUUGCAACAAGAUUUAGAGCUCCCUGAAAGAAAUGUGAAAUCAGUUGCUAAAAGACAAUUUGAACAGGCAGCAAAGAACUUAAUGCUAAGCACUUUACGACUUGGGAAGUCUCUUAGACCUCAAUAUUUGUGGGGAUUCUACUUAUUUCCUAACUGCCAAAACUAUGACUACAAAACGAACAGACACAGUUAUUCUGGUCAUUGCCCAGAGAUUGAGAAAAUGAGAAAUGAUGGACUCUACUGGCUAUGGAAAGAAAGUACAGCACUUUUUCCAAAUAUGUACCUGGAAUCCACUUUAAAGUCAUCAAGAAAAGCAGCACUUUUUGUUCGCAAUCGAAUCAAAGAAGCAAAACGAGUUUCUAGAAUAUCAAACUCUUCAUCUACUCCGCCAGUAUAUAUGUACAGCCGUCCUGUAUUUACAGAUAACACACAGGAGUAUCUAUCUGAGGUUGGUAAAUAAUCCUGUUAAAUAACUAUAAUACAUGUCAAUAUUUGAACAUUUUAGAAGAAUUUAAAUUGUAAUAGCUGAUAAAUAAAUAUCUAGAUGAUCUUUGAUAUAGUAUGCCUCCUUAGAGAACUAUUUUGGAGUACUUGGCAUGUCCAACAAAUAGCCCACCACUGGGUCACAGGCCUAGGUCAACAUGGGAUCAAAGCAUCUCCCUUGGUGGCCCAAAGAGAGAACUGUGACACUCCAUCACUGGUCAACCCAGGUCUUCUACCAGCAUAUCAGAACAUUGCCAUGGUAACACGAAAUCUUUACGUGGGGAUGGCUGGAGGAAGCAGAAAUCAUGGUUUGCACCUGCCACUGGACCACUGGAGAACCAGGGACAAGUAUUCCUCCUCCACAGAUUAUGAAGUGCAUCUUGCAUUUUCAGAGGUAGUAUGAUAUGUGGAGACAGAAAGAUACAGCAGAAUAUAGUGUAGCAUGUCCCACAUACAAUGGCAAAAUAAGUGAAAAGGCAAAAUAUAUUAUUUAUAUUUCUUUUUUGUUAAUGCGCCUAUUCCCCCACUUCACCAACUACUGCCAUUAUGCUCCCCUCCACCCAUUACAGCUCCUAUGCCCCCUGCAUCCAAUACAGACGCUACUAGCCCCUGCACCCUCUUAUCCCCCUACAUGCACUAUUCCCCCUUCACUGACUACAGCCCCUAUUCCCUCCUACAGCCACUACAGCCCCUAUCACCCUACAGCCACUAUCCACCCUACACCAAGUGCAUCAAUUCUUAUCCCCCAACAUCUAGUACAGCACCUAUCCCCCUACAGCCCAUAUCCCCUCUACAAUGACUACAGCCCGUAUACCUCCUACACCCACUAUAGCUCCUCCUUUACUGCCACUACAGCCACUACCUCGCUUACAGCCAGUACUGACCCUAUCUCCCUUGCACCACUACAUCCCCUAUCUCCCCUGAAACCAAUGCACCUUCCUGCACCUUUUACAGCUGUCUCCUCCCUGCACCCUUUACACCCUAUCUCCUCUUAAUUCACUGCAGCCCUAUCACUUUUGCACCCACUAGAGGCCCUACCCCUUGAAACCACUACAGACCAUAUUGCCCCUCCAUCCAACUACAGCACCUAGUCCCCUUGCACCAACAACUGUCCAUAUCUUCUCCUGCAUCUAAUACAGCCCUUAUCCCCUUCUGCAGUGCAGCUGCACCCACUGUAGUCCCUAUCCCCUUCUGCACACACUACAGUCCUUAACCCCCACACACACUCCAGCUUAAAUCUCCCAGGCAUAACCUACAGUUUUCCCCCCAAAAGACCACAGUCCUAGUACCCCUCACAUAUAUACUACAGCACCUAUCACACACACAUACUACACUACACUACAAACAUCCCCAUCCACAAUUGUAACCUCACAUGCAACCACUCUCUAAGCAGCAUCCCCACACAUGCAAAACCACAUAUAGCCACCCUGCAACCAUACACAACAUCACCCCCCCCCCCCACAUGCACAACCCCACAAACCAUCUCCAAAACACAUACAACACCCCAGGCAGUAUGGGGCAGUAUGUGUUGAGGUAUCUGAGUGUGCAGGGCUAAGCGUGAGUGAGUUUGUGUCUGCUGGCUAAGUGAGUACAUGUGUAUGGUUCAAUUAAAAAAAAUGCAUUAUACAAAUUUCCAUAAAAAAGCCCACCAAAAUCCCCAGCAACAGACCCACAAAGCUCAUGCUACCUAUGAGUUAGCACUUUUCUUAAAAGGUCUUUUGGUUACAGUUGGGUUAGCAGAUAAUUUCAGAGGCCCAACAAGUGAGUCCAAAGUGUACUUGUUCAAAAGCAACUUAUAAGAUAUAACAAAAUAGAAAGACACAAAGGCUAAGGAAGCAUUAUUGUCAAUAAUUGUCAAUUAAAACUUAACAUUUAAUAAAUUAGUUAAAAAAGUAAAAAAAGAGUAUAUAUUUAAAUUAUAUGGGGUGAUAUACCAUCCUCUUAAGAAGCACCAGAUAAAGUAUUAAUAUGGGUGUAAAGAACUUAAGAAAAAAAGGCUGGGGUGGGGAGGGAUGACAAAUACUAACACUAGGGAACAAUAAUAAAUAUAUAUCCUGCUAGAAAAAAAACCAUAGAAGAGCACAGCUGGCAAGGCUAUGAUCUAAACAUAAUGAGUAAAUAGAAACACCCUAUCUGUAAUCCGCAUUGGUAAAUAAAUUGGAAGAAAGUUAUUUGAAAAUUGCAACAGUAUCAAUUUAAGUAGCACUACCCUUGAUACUAAGAAUGCUUACCAAAGUGAAAUGUAACAAUCAUAGAAAAAUAAAACUUAGCAAGAUAACAAAUAUAAUAAAAUUGGUAUUUAAGUUUGCAAUAAGAUUGUGAACUAUUGUGUGCCUUCCUGUUAAUGAGCUAAAUCUAAUCUAACUAAUCUGGACAAAGCAAACGUAAUAGCAAUUCUUAUCAAUCGCUUAUAAGACCGAUAACAGCUAUACAUAUAUAAUACAAAAUCCAGCGCACUCACUUAUUCACUAAACAACGAUUUCAAAUCUUAGAUAUAUUGUCAGUGAGAUGAUUUAUCGAUAGUGAGCUGUUAGGGUCAAACUAAGCUGAACCUCAACAUACGAUUCAAGGUUAAGGCGGCUCAUCUAUAACAAAAUAGAUUAAAAUAGAAUGUGCCUAUUAACCUCUGUACAAGUAACAAUAUUUUUUUAUAUCUUAUGGUGUUUACAUUUGAGCAAUCACAUGGGUUGUUUUUACGUGAUGUUUCUCCCACAAUUCUGCAGGAUGAUGUCAUCUCCUUUGCCAUUUAUCUCCAAAUGAAAAAAAUAUGUAUAUAUAGAUAUUGAUAUAUAUUGGCUAAACUCUAGAUUAAAUAUCAUUUCCUGUAUGCAGUCUAUCCUUAACAUUCUACAGUGCCAGUAAUCCCUUCAAGUGCUUAAAAAUUCAAUUUUCAAUGUUGUAAUUUUAGUAACAGAGGAAGUAAACAACCUAGAAGUGUUCCAUGUCUUCAAGUAAAGAAAGCAUUAGGGUAUUUAAAUGAAAUCUAGAAAACAUGGUGCAAUCAAGAUAUUAGUGAAUGUAGUUAAAUAAUCUCUUUCAAAACUAAAAUGUGAAUGAACCAUGGUAAAAUAAGUAAUCAUUUCAUAUGUACUUUUUAAGGUUGAUCUGGUGCAUACGAUUGGAGAGAGUGUAUCGUUGGGGACCACUGGAUUCAUAGUGUGGGGAAAUCUGAACUUAACUCGGAGCAGGGUAUGCAAGGGUUAUCUAUAACACAAGCUUUUUCUUCUGUACUCUGUUUCUAGUUAAUACUGUACAACGAGUCUCUUACAAGUUGUGAGUAUUUUUUAUGUAACUUGCUCUCUAAAUUGCACAUGACAGUAUCUGGAUAUUGCUCACUAGUUUUCAUCCACGUAUGUAAAAUGUAAAGUGAUUUAUCAUUUAUAGCUUUAUAGUAUAUUUUCUUAAACAGCGCUCAAGCUUAAUUAUGCGUCCAUGCUUAAUAUAUGAAUUUUGAUUUUUGAACACUUUUCAAUGCUUUUGCACGAGGGAGACAUGCAUUUUGCUCAUUGUAGAAAUUUAGCAAAGUGAGCAGCUUCACCAGUGUGGAUGUAAGUGUAAGCAUGAAUUUCAUUCCCAUGCUCUUGAUAUUAUAACACUGAUGUGCACUGAUGGAAAAAAUCAUGAAAACAUGGAAAAAGCAUUAAGGUAUACAAUACUUUUUAAUGCUAUUUUGCUACAAUGAUGGUGCAGAGAGGGCUUGCAUGUUUGUUUGUUUUUUUUGCUCACAUUGUCUCAGGAAGUAAGAGUAAUGUAUGAAUUAGCAAUACAAUCCCUCUUUCCCCAACUUCUCACCAUGCCCAGAAAGGAAAAUAGGGAAUGCGGCUUCAUUGUCCUCAUUCCUCGAUGUUUAGCUGUCAUGUCCUUUGUCUUUUUUGUGAUUAGUAAAAAUGCAGUCUACAACCUUGAAAGAAUGAACUAGCUAAAACACUUGUGUAUAAAAUGUAGAAUAAUAUUGACAUCAUAUUGAUAAUGAGUUAAUAUAAAAAGGGCAUGAAAAGGGAAAUCACUAAAGUCUGAAUGGCCCUGUACAGAAUGGAGUCCAGGUCCUUUCGGAAUGCAAAAUUCAGACAUUAUGAAACAAUGUCUGGAUUAUGCAUUGCGGACUCCAAAUGAGUCUCAAUUUGUUCGGGAUUUUAGCUGCACUGAACACCUCUGGAAGGUUGAAAUAUGGGGCUAGAUGCUUCAAAUCCAGGCCUGGAUUUGAGCAAUCUGUAGUAUUUACCUGCUGACCAUGCUAGCAGCCAGCAAUCAAAUAGUUGAACAACCCUUGACAAUGCAUCCUAACUAUGUGGUUGCUGGCCUGUGCUUGAUGGUUAAAUAGUAAAAAAAAAAACCUGCUCCCACCUGCCAUGUGGCAGAGGGAUGUAUAUAUACCAACAGGGCCACCAUCAGGGGGUGACAACCAUAACGGGGCCCUCACGCUGAUGGGCCCAUCGGGUGGCCCAUGCACUUAGGGCCACUCGAUGGGCCCUAUAUCUUCAGGGGCCCGGUCAGCGCUGUGGCCGUGUAAUCGAGUGACUGGGCUCCUUUAAAAAAAAAAAAACACUGCUGGAAGGCAGUGGUCACUUCCUCCCAGCUUACUUCGCGCGGGAGGAGCACACGCCCGGCAGUUAUGGAGAGCCGUGCCGACUGCUCCCAUCAGCCCCAGCCACCCUCCUGCAAAGAAAAGGUAAGAGACAGGAGGGUGGCUGGAAAAUGAGCUUUGUGUGUAUGUGUGUGUAUUUCUAUGUUUGUCUGUCUGUAUGUCUGUCUGUAUGUAUGUAUGCAUGUCUGUAUGUAUGUGUAUGUUUGUCUGUAUGUAUGUAUGUCUAUGUAUGUAUGUAUGUAUGUAUGUCUAUGUAUGUAUGUAUGCAUGCAUGUCUGUCUGUAUGUAUGCAUGCAUGUAUGUCUAUGUAUGUAUGUCUGUCUAUGUAUGUCUGUAUGUAUGCAUGCAUGUCUGUCUGUAUGUAUGUCUGUAUGUAUGCAUGCAUGUCUGUAUGUAUGUAUAUCUGUCUGUCUGUAUGUUUGUCUGUAUGCAUGUUUGUAUGUAUGCAUGUAUGUAUGCAUGCAUGUAUGUCUAUGUAAGCAUGUCUGAAUGUAUGUAUGUCUAUGUAUGUAUAUAUGUAUGUCUGUAUGUCAUUAUAUAUGUAUAUAUGUAUGUCUGUAUGUCAGUAUGAAUGUAUGUCUGCAUAUCAUUAUGAACGUAUGUCUGUGUGUAUGUGUGUAUGGAUGUCUGUAUGCAUGUAUGUCUGUCAGUAUGUCUGCAAUUAUGUCUGUAUAUAUGCAUGUAUGUCAGUCUGAAUGUAUGUAUGUAUGUGUGUAUGUAUGUAUGCCAUUAUGAAUGUAUGUGUGUAUGGAUGUUAGGGUCUGUAUGUAUGAAUGUAUGUGUGUAUGUAUGUAUGUAUGUGUGUAUGUAGGUAUGUCAGUGUGUAUGUAUAUGUGUGUAUGUUUCAGCAUGCGUGUGUCAGUAUGUAUGCCUGUAUGCGUGUAUGUCUGUUUCAGUAUGUGUGUCUGUUAGUAUGUAUCUGUGUCUUUUUGUAUCAGUGUGUGUGUUUGUGUCUGUGUGUGUAUUCCUGUGGGCGGUACUUGGAGGCGGACCCUGUGGGCGGUAUUUGGAGGCGGGCCCCAGGGGGCCCAGACCGUGAGCUGAGUUAGUGGCCCCAAAAUUUCUGGUGGCGGGUGGCGGCCCUGUAUACCAUACAUUUAAAACUAGUGACUCGGCCGCCAUUGAUGCCUCCUUCUCAUGGGGAUGUAGCCUGUAAUAUAACAGGGUGGACAUCGUGCCCUUUCUAUCUUAACCUGUGGACAUCAGGUGGGGGACUUUAAAUUAAAUAUUGGAAAGUGGAAAAAGUCACUGUACUCCCCUCAUCCCCCUACUCUUGGGCAGCGAGUGGGUGCUAUUAUGUUUUAAAAGAUGUGGAGACAUCCUAAUGAUCCCCCUUUCCCAACCCAUUGUCAGCGGGUGGGGCAAGGUUGGGGCUCUAAUUAUAAAAUUUAAGGGGGUGACCUUGAGUCUCCCCUAGACCCCUCCCUUUGGUGGCAGGUAGA